AUGUCUCAUUUCCCCCAGAUUGCCCUGCUACAAGCCUUUGUGGCUCAUGCACCCUCGACCAGCAAAACUCGCGGUGUCUCUAUUGCUCGAGCUGGCGGCGGUAACGCCGCAGCAGCAGCAUCCGUCAGUCAAACGCCCAAGAAACAGAACGGCAGCGGACCAAGGGUAACCUACUUGCCUCAGCUGCCCACU